AUGAUCACGGCGUCUGUCAAUGCCGGCUCCAGUCUCUUAUUAGAACCAGCACGUGAGCUUCAAUUCCCAUUGCCCGAUGUAACGUCACCACAUCGACCGCGUUGUAUUUUAACCCUUACAAAUUUAUCGGUACUAAAUGACGUGGUUUUUCGGGUCCGAACACGGGAUCCCGAUGCUUUUACAGUACGUCCGACUCAUGGCUUAUUAGUUCCUGGUACAAGCAUGCAAGUGAUUGUCACAGCUACGACAAGAUCUUGUCAACGUCUGGGAGCUUUGGACCUUCGGGACUUGAUGACUCGUCAAUCGACCGAGCUUUUUCUUGUUCAAAGUGUCGAACGAGAGGAUGAAGUGCAAGCGAUGGAACCUCUGGACCCGAAUUCCAGCACUUCGUUACGUUCUUUUUGGAAACAUUUAGCACGGGAGUGCGUUACCGAGACCAAGUUGAUUUGCAGCUUUGUGGCGGCAUCGUCAGACGUGUUGGAGAGCUCGUCGACGAGUAAAAUGCAUCUCUCACGUAGUCUCGGGAAUGGAAAUUUCUGCUUACAAGAGUCUCAAAGUAGUCAAAAUGACACGAAAAACUAUCGUAUGAGUGCAAGGGAACCCCGAUGGAAUCGCAGUGGUAACAGCAGUAGCAACGCAUCUGAUGAAGCAUGUAGCACUGAAUUUAGAAUGGCGGAAGAGCCGAAGGAACGCAGUCGACAAGAAUCUUUUAUUAGUGAUGCCAGUUUUCAUAGUGCAAUUGAGCCUUCUGUGAAGAUGGAUCGAAGACUGGAUUCGAGGACUUCGGCUUUGGCCGAUUUCGGGCUUUCGAGGACAAGAUUACGUGAUGGUGCGUUCAGUAGCAGUAGCCUGAACGACAGCUUAGUCAGAGAUACAAGGGUGACUGCUCAGACUACAUCAUCUACUGAUAUGGCUGUGAAGACAUUAACGCGUAAGGUUGGCCCGCUGCUCUACCACAUUCAGCCAGACGAUAUACUUUCUUUCGAUGUGAAGCCUGCACCGCGUUUUUGGGGAAGCAAGUCGUGUUUUAUCGUGAAUUCAAGUCAAAACGAUUGCUUAAUGUUUAAGGUGCGGACGUCUAACCAAUGGGGAUAUGUGGUGAAGCCAAGCCGAGGACUUGUGUCGACUACAAAUGCACAGGAAGUGGUUAUCUCGCUUUGUGCACCUCGUGAUGGAGAGCGUUUUGACCCCACGGAGCGUGAGGCAAAAGAUGGUUUUAUGGUUGAAAUCGCAAACAUCUCGCGGGACAAGUACGACGAUCUAAUAAAGCUCGAUGAACGGAAAUACGUUCACGAGAUAAAAUCUUUGUGGUCCCAUUUGUCGCGCAACGAUCGUCAGUCAACAAUGCUUUCAGUCAGACUAAACAUGAAGAACAGCCAUAGCGGUAUUGGCAUUAGCGAGCUCUCUGAGAGUGGUAAAUCUGAUUCUCGAAGCAAGGUCAACAAUAGCAGGACCGACAAGCCGCAACGAAAAACAUUGAAAUCGGUCGUCCAGAGCUUAAAAAAGCUUUCGACCCUGUCAUCAAUGGGCGAGUCACAUGGGAGUGUAGCAGAGAACAAGAUCAAUUACGAAUCCUCGAACUUGAAUGAGUCUGCGUUCACCAUCGCGUCGACUUCUGUGCCUGCUGAAGUUGACAAGAAUGAUAGCGAUGGCAGCGAAGUAUCUACCCCAGCUUCCCAUGCUUCUCGAAACGCAAAGGUAUUUGUCAUUUCAGCUGACCGGAUGGAUACCGUUGACUUUUCCAACCCAAAGUUGUCAUUCUUUAUUUAG